AUGGAAGAUAAUAUUUUGAAUGAGUAUGUGGAGGAGAAGGGUUUUAAUGAAGUUGAAGAAGGUGAAAUACUUACUGAUCUGGAGCCAGCUGUAAUAGAAGUAACUUUGAAAGGAAAUCAGGAGCUGAUGUUGAGAUCUGAAGGGCCUAGCAAGAACAUUUCCCAGGAAGUUAAAGCAGUGGAUAACUCUUCUUUAGGAAAGAAAGGAAAAUUGCUUAAAGAACUGAAAUCAUAUGGAGGGGCCAAAAAGAGAGAGGCUGCUCUAUAUCUCAAGGAGUUUGUAAGGGAUAAUGAUGUUUUAUUUGUGGGACUUGUUGAAACCAAAGUAAGCUCGUUGGAGAAUCUACAGAUUUUGGGUUUUUUGGGAGAUAAAUGGGAAUCAUUUAUGGUUCCAUCUGAUGGCCUUUCAGGAGGCAUUUUGCUUCUUUGGAGGAAGGAUUUGGCAUCAUUUUUAGUGUUGGAAGUUUCUUCACAAGUCAUCAUUGGAAAUCAGGAAGUAGUAAAUAAAGGAUGCUGGCUUGUAUCCACAGUAUAUGGUAGUAGGAAUAUGCUGGAUAGGAAGUCUCUAUGGGAAAAUUUGGAGAAGGUUUAUGCUGAUAAUAAACCAGUAGUUAUUGGUGGAGACUUUGACUUCAUUUUGUCACAGGAGGAGAAGAGAGGAGGCAAGAUAUUUGUAUUCUCUCAAGGUGCCAAAGAUAUGAAGAUGUUUAUGAGCAACAAUGACUUUCAUGAAGUUGGGUUUAUUGGACCCAAAUUUACUUGGUGCAACAACAAAUCCAGAGGAGGACGCAUCUUAGAAAGAUUGGAUAGAUGUAUUAUAAACUCUAUUGCAAUGAACUCCAUUCAUCUAGCCUUGGUGAAGCAUUUGUCACGUAUUGCAUCAGACCACUGCCCAAUCAUUUUGGAGGUGUUGAAACCUGUGGAGUCUCACUACAGAGGUAUGCAUUUUGAGGAUGUGUGGGCAACUUAUCAUGGGGCUUUUGAUAUUAUGGAAAAAAACAUGGAAAAAGUGUGGGGGGAGUGA